AUGUCGAGAGACGUCGUCGACAUAGUGGCUGCACGGCCAACCGGCGACAGCAAGCCCAAGAGAGCAGAAGAAGAGACGGAACAGACACAGACAGAGACAGAGGCAAAGAAAGAGAGAGAGACAGGUUCAUCUCCGACACAGAAUCUUGUCAACUCACAGUCUUCUGCUCUACCAGAAUCGUCGCCACCCGCCGACCUUCAGAUCCGCCUCAACGACGACCCGGCCCUCGGCUUCUGUGUCUACGCCCUCCGGCCCUAUCGCCGUGGCGAACGCCUCUUUGAAGAGCGCACCGCCCUCGAGGCGACGCAUGACGCCCACAAAGACGGGGUCCGUAACGUCUACGAGCGCUACUGCCAGCAAAGCCCGGAACGCCGCCGUGCCCUGCAUGGCUCCUUCCCCUACCUCGCCUGGGCCAAUGGCAUCGACGCCCAGGAAGCAGCGGCGGCCCGCACGCUGGUCGGCUCGCUGCUGACGUCCAAGGGGCGCCAGCCAGUCAUUGACAACCGGCUAACGGCGGAGGAUCACAUGCGCAUGCGGCCGGACGGGGGCGUGCGCCCGACGGACGCCGCGUCGCCCACGGCGGAGAAGAUGGACGGCCCGAGUACGCCGGUGGUGGCCGCCCUGCGGGCCAAGGCCGCGCUCCGGGGCCUCUUUAAACGCUCUGCGUCGCUCGCGUCCCUGGCCGACGCGGACGACGACGGUGUGGCGGACCCCGCGGACAAGCGGGCGCGCGCCGAGACGCUCGACUGGUUCAGCCGCUACGCCUUCCGGCUCAAGCCCAACGCCUCCUUUGCCAAGCCCGGCGGCAACCACCAGGCUGCCGUCUACCUGCUGACGGACUUGAUCAACCACCGCUGCGGCGGGUUCCAAAACUGCCGCGUGUCGGCGGACGUGGGCACGAUCGCGGUGCUGGCGCUGCGGGACAUUGCGGCGGGCGAAGAGGUGACAAUCAACUACAGCAAGGAUGUCAAGGACUUCCAGUGCAAAGGAGAAUGCUGUGUGAAAAAGUAA